CCAGCGCAAACGAUGUACUAGAGAGACGAGAGUGUCGUGCGGGGCUGCCUAACUCCAGGGUCAAGGAUUGGAAUCACAGCCGCAGCCACAGCUUAGAGCUGCCAACGCUGGAGAGUGAACGGCAGACGUCAGUCAUGACGAGUGAUUGAAAUUUAAUUUGAUGGCAUUGAACGCGGUGAUGAAGAGCAGGAAAUCCUCUAGACAGGAUGAACCGUCGAACGGUCACUGGAGAAAGUCGAAACCCAAGAUAUCAGAAGUUGAGGAGACGUGGGAUGAAGACAUUCCUAUGCCAAGCUUUCCUAUUUGGACGUCGAUAAUUUUGAUCUGCUGCUGUGCCACAAUCUCAUUCAUCCCAGCUCUGAAUGGAGACUUUGUUUUUGACGAUUCGGAGGCGGUUCUGAACAAUGAAGACGUGCGAACGUCCACACCCGUGUGGAAUGUGUUUUAUAACGACUAUUGGGGCACUAGACUGAGCCACCCGAGCAGCCACAAGUCCUACCGGCCGCUCACUGUUCUUUCCUUCCGCCUGAACUACUGGCUCAGCGGAGGCAUUUUAAUUGCCAGGAGCUUCAAGCUGGCAAACCUGCUGCUGCACAUUGUGAUAUCCGUCAUUUCGCUCAGCCUCUUCGAUCGGUUGUUUGGAGGCAACUGUCCAAAGGCGUCGCUGCUCGCAAGUCUGCUUUUCGCGGUUCACCCAAUCCACUGUGAAGCUGUCGCGGGAAUAGUUGGCCGAGCUGAUCUGCUUUGCGCACUCUUCUUUUUCCUCGCUUUCCUUAGCUACUGCAAGUCAGUGGACAGCUCGCUGCAUAGCUAUCGAAUAUUCUCCUCUGUUAUUUGGCUUGACUUGACCAUGAUAUUUACCAUGGUCUCCAUGCUGUGCAAGGAGCAAGGCAUCACAGUACUUGGUCUUUGCAGCGUAUACGAUUUGGUGAACUUAUGGCAAGAGCAGGAACCAAAGAAGCGCAAGGGCGUUGUCAUGAGGCACGUUGCCUUGGCCAUGUGGGGCGCUGUACUUUUGCUCGGCAGGUGGGUCGUCAUGGGAGGACAAGUGCCCACCUUCCAACCUGUCGACAACCCAGCCUCCUUUGCUGAUAGCUUUUUCACCAGGGUAGUCUCAUUCAACUAUAUUUACGCUCUGAACUUCUGGCUGCUGCUCUGUCCAGACUGGCUAUGUUUUGAUUGGGCCAUGGGGUGUAUUCCCCUUAUCACCUCUCCAUUGGAUUUGAGAGUGAUGGCACCAAUCAUCUUUUGGGUAGGAAUGACUUUACUUGGCCUGCGCUGGUUUUUUACCAGCUCAACAAAAUCGGCAAGGAUUAUAUUUCUAGCCCUGUCCCUGCUUGUCGGCACCUUCCUGCCGGCUUCAAACCUUUUGUUCAGGGUUGGCUUUGUGAUCGCUGAAAGAGUACUGUACUUGCCGUCAGCAGGUUUUUGCAUGCUCAUCACCCUGGGCGUUCGCCAGCUUUCAACCCUUUCCCCUGAGUACCACCAAACAAUAAGAAGCAGCUUCAUGAUGUUGCUUGUAACUAUGGCUCUCAAGUCGUGCCAGAGAAGCAAGGAGUGGGGAACUGAGCAAGAAUUGUUUCGGUCAGCACUAGCCGUCUGUCCCCUGAACGCCAAGGUUCAUUAUAACGUGGCCAAGAAUGCCGCUGAUUUGGGAGACAAACAACUGGCCUUGGAAGAGUAUACCACAGCUUUGAAGCUUCAUCCUGAGUAUGAGCAGGCAAUGAAUAAUCUGGGAAACUUGCUGAGAGAUGGCGGUCAUUUAAACGAGGCAGAGAGCCUGCUGACCCAGGCCGUCACCAUCCGUCCAAAUUUUGCGGCAGCCUGGAUGAAUUUAGGCAUCGUUCAGGCGGGUCUGAAAAAGUAUCAAGACGCCGAGGAAAGCUACAUAACUGCGCUGCAGCAUAGACCAAAAUAUCCCGACUGCUAUUACAACUUGGGCAAUCUGUACUUGGAACAGGGUAGACAUGACGAUGCGUAUGAGGCGUGGAGGAAUGCCACUGAACUCAAACCGACUCACGUUGUCGCGUGGAGCAACAUGGUCAUCAUGCUGGACAGCAUCGGUCGCCGUCAAGUGGCUGAGCAGGUGGGUCGGGAGGCUCUGACACAUCUACCCAAUGAGGCUGGACUCCACUUCAACCUUGCAAACACUCUGGGCAAACUGAAGCAAUUUGCCAAAGCUGAACGACACUUCUUAAAAGCAACUGCUCUUGACCCAGACAAUGCCAAAUACCACGCCAAUUUAGGCGUUUUAUAUCACCGUUGGAAAAAAUUUUCGAUGGCGGAGAAGCGUUACUUAACUGCUCUGGAACUGGAUCCAACCCUGCAAACGGCUAAAGACAAUUUGCUGAUGCUACACAGAAGCAUGAGCAAAAGGAGAAAGUCUAAUGAAAAGCAAUGAAAAUAAUUAAGCAUUCACAAAGCAACUAAGAGAACUGAUAUUAAACUAGCGUUCUUACAGACCUUCUCAAAGUUUGUGUAUUCAAUGCUAGCCUUUACGUUUUUAUAGGAUUAUUUCCUGUGCUGUAGCUAAAGACAUUUUAGUCAUUAAAAUAAUACUUUUUCUCGUAUUGUAAAUGUGAUUUUACAAGGUAGCUCAUUAAAUAUUUCCAAUCAGAUGUCAAAUGAAA